AUGCACCACUUUGGCACGCAAACCGCGCCCGUCCUCUUCCCGCUCGCGCCGCAAGCCUUCACGCAACGGCUCGUCUCGGCCGCGCUGCACACGCCGCACCUCCUCCACGCCCUGCUCGCCUCGGCCUGCAGUCACCACGCCCGCCUCGUCGCUGCCGGGGCCGGAUCCAACGCAUCUUCGCACCCGUCCUCCGGAUCGCGAACAGCCGUCCCGGAAGCCGCCCUCAAGUUCACGUACCUCGCCGUCGCGGGCCUGCGCGCCGCCAUGGCCGACCCGGGCCGAGUCGCGCGGGCUGAGACGGCCAUGACGGCCAUGGCGCUCUGUACCAACGAUGUGUGCGACGGCAUCGAUGCCGGUGCUGCGGGUGAUGGCAGUAGAACCCGUCGGUGGUGGCGCGUCCACCUCUCCGGCGUGCGGGAGCUAUUGAACGCGUUGAUCCUAAGAGAAAGGGAGGAGGCGCGUGGAAAGAGGGGCUCUUCCGCUACAGUCGUCGAUGAUUCGUUUGCUGGAUUCUUGGCGAGGUGGUUCGCGACGAUGGAUACGGUGGCGAGGGUGUCGGGGUUUGAGGGGGCCGAAGAUCCGGAUGAUUCGGGGUGCUGGGCAUUAGUGGAGGAGAUGGGGGCGGGUGAGAGGCAUUAUGGCAUGGUGGACGAAUUCUGCGGGUACAGGUUGGAGUUGAUGCCAAUCAUGGUGAGAAUUGGGAGGUUAGCGAGGUCGACGCAACGGGAAGAGAUGGUUCCCAGCGUUUAUGCGGACGGGGAUGUGGGCGAACAAGGUGACGCUGCUAAUCAUUGCCUGUCUCAAGAGGCACGGCAGAUUGAGGCAGACAUUCUGUCGCUUGCCCACAGUUCUAACCAUGAGAACGGCUCUCACGGAGAGCAGAAAGCAAGAGAGCUCCGAAGCACGAACAUGGCGUUCUUUCACGCCUCUUUACUGCAUCUCCACCGUCGCGUGACGUGCCUUCCGAAAGAUCAUGCCAAGGUUCGGGAAGACAUCUCCAAUAUUCUCUCUGCGGUCAACGAUAUCCCAAGGUCAUCAACGGCAAACAUACUCGUUAUCUGGCCCAUUUUCAGCGCUGGCUGCGAGACUGACGAAAUCUGGGAACAAGAAAUUAUUAACAGCCGGAUGCUCAACAUGCAGAUUCUCGGUAUGGGCAACUACACGCGUGCUAGGCAAGUUUUACUCGAUUACUGGUCUUCUAGCAGUCCACUCCGGUGGGACAUCUAUCUCCAAAAAUCCGGUCUCGAUCUCGUCCUAUUCUAG